GUGAUGAUAUUGAUGGUGUCCUUCUCCAUGGUCUUGCAAAGAACCACGCGCAAGAUGGUCCUGCAGCCAGUCGAGAAGCUCUUGAACCAGGUCAAGGACACGGCCGCGCAAGUUUUCGAGUCCGUGCCGGACCUCGGCGGCGGUCCGGGCGAAGACGAAGACAACGAAAGUGCUACGGAGGAGAACGAGGACGGCACAUGGAAAGAGGCGAACUUCAACCCGGAGAUACACCUCCUCGAUAAG